AAAAAACACGCCGGUUAGAAGCGGAGGCAGAUGAAACCACACUGUACAUGUCUCUAAUACUAUGCCUUUUAACUGCAUUUUGUAAUAAAAUAGAGUACUCUUUUUUAAUCUUUUAAGCUGAGACCCUGACCCCGCCUCCUGACCCUUGACUCCUGCCGCCAUGCUGUCCAGACUGAGGGCGUGUCUGCGCCCCUGCGGCCCCCCCGCUCGCUGGCUGCACACCAAGGAGAAGGGCAAGCCCCUCAUGCUCAACCCACGCACCAACAAGGGCAUGGCCUUCAGCCUGCCUGAGCGUCAGAUGCUGGGGAUCCAGGGCUUGCUGCCCCCCAAGGUGGAGAGCCAGGACAUCCAGGCCAUGCGCUUCCAGAGGAACCUCAAGAAGAUGACCGACCCCCUGGAGAAGUACAUCUACCUGAUGGGGAUCCAGGAGAGGAAUGAGAGGCUGUUCUACCGGGUGUUGAUGGAGGACAUAGAGGACCUGAUGCCCAUCGUGUACACCCCCACUGUGGGUCUGGCCUGCACCCAGUACGGGCACAUCUUCAGGAGGCCCAAAGGUCUGUUCAUCUCCAUCCUGGAUCGAGGACACAUCCGCUCCAUCCUGGAUAACUGGCCGGAGACCAACGUAGCGGCGGUGGUGGUGACGGAUGGGGAGCGUAUCCUGGGUCUGGGGGACCUGGGGGUGUUUGGGAUGGGAAUCCCAGUGGGGAAGCUGUGUCUCUACACGGCCUGCGCCGGGAUCCGCCCCGAGAGAUGCCUGCCUGUCGUCAUCGACGUGGGCACCGACAACGAGACUCUGCUGCGCGACCCCUUCUACAUGGGUCUGUACCAGCGCCGGGACCGCUCGCAGCUGUACGACGACCUGAUCGAUGAGUUCAUGGAGGCGGUUGUGGACAAGUAUGGCCAGGGGACGCUGAUUCAGUUCGAGGACUUCGGGAACCACAACGCCUUCCGCUUCCUCCGCAAGUACCGCGAGAAGUACUGCACCUUCAACGACGACAUCCAAGGGACAGCGUCCGUGGCACUGGCAGGUCUGUUGGGCGCUCAGAGGGCGAUCGGUAAACCCAUCACUGAACACAGAGUCCUGUUCCUGGGGGCCGGAGAGGCUGCUCUGGGCAUUGCCAACCUGAUCACCAUGGCGAUGGUGGAGACAGGGAUGUCCUAUGAAGAGGCCCGGCACAAGAUCUGGAUGUUCGACAAGUAUGGACUCCUGGUGAAGGGCAGGGCUCAGGAGACGGAUGGUAACCAGGAAGCGUUUGUUCAUGACAGCCCUGGAGAAGUGAACAGCUUCCUGGAUGCUGUCAACACCAUCAAACCCACCGCCAUCAUCGGUGUGUCAGGUGCAGGCCGGCUCUUCACCCAUGAUGUCAUCAAGGCCAUGGGAUCUCUGAACCAGCGACCAAUCAUCUUUGCCCUCAGCAACCCCACCACCAAGGCUGAGUGUACUGCUGAAGACGCCUACACCACUCACAGAGGUACUGGCCGGUGUCUGUUCGCCAGUGGCAGUCCGUUUGACCCCGUGACCCUCGCUGACGGGAGACUGUUCAUGCCUGGACAAGGGAACAACGCAUACAUCUUCCCAGGAGUGGCCCUGGCUGUGAUCCUCAGUGGAGUGAGACACAUCAGUGAUACAGUCUUCCUGGAGGCUGCCAAGACCCUGGCAGAGCAGCUUACGGAUGCUGAGCUGGCUGAGGGCAGACUGUACCCUCCCCUGUCGGACAUCAGAGAAGUCUCUAUCCGCAUGGCUGUCAAGGUGGUGGAGUUUGUCUAUGCCAAUGGCAUGGCUUUCCGCUACCCUGAGCCCACGGACAAAGAGGCGUUCGUGCGUUCGACCAUGUGGAACACCAACUACGACUCCUUCCUGCCUGACAUCUACGACUGGCCUGCUGUCUCCUUCAGCCCCAAGAAGGACUGAGAGACCAGGGCCUACGACUGGCCUGCUGUCUCCUUCAGCCCCAAGAAGGACUGAGAGACCAGGGCCGAGUCAGGUCCCAGAGGACAGGAGGGUGAGGGGGGCAGAUGACACCACUCCACGUCUUUGAGACCCGUGCAGUUGUCUGGAAAGAAGGUGCUAGAAGUUGUAUGUCAGGACGGAACCGGAAGUCGUUUCUAACAUACUCCUAGUCUAGGCUUGGUUUACGACCAAAAGAACCAAUCGGAAACCAGCAAGCACUCCAUUUUCUGCCUUUGUUUUGAUCCAUUUUUAUUUAUUUCAUCCAACUUUGACACUUGUUUUUAAUGUUAAUCGUUUAUGUUUUGAUAUUGGAUAUAGUAGUUUUUAAAGUGUUUAAAGACGAUUCAGAAUCGCCCCCCCCCCAAAAAAAAAAAGUUUGUAAACUAACCAACACUCCAUAGACAGGGUUAUAGAAGAGGUAUUAAGCUGCUUGGGAAAGAAAAUAUUUAUUUUAUUCUGUGCACAAAGACAACAGCGACGAAAGCACUUGAAUCAUCUGUAUGAAAUAUACAAUAUGCGAGUAGAACAUCUGUCGAUGUAUUAAAAAAUAUACCUAUAUAGUUUUUAACGUUAUAUGAAUAUUAUGUGUUGCUUCUGCACUUGAACCGUAAGGUGGCAGAUGGAGUGUUUUUAUGGUUAUGUACUGGGCAUGUAUGUGUGACAUAUCACAGUCUCUUACCAUAUCUAACCUGAAGAUUGACUUGUAAAACCGUGACGUUUGCAUUGUUUUCUCGUUUAUUUUUUAUGUUCAGUGUUUCUCCGUCGGAAUCUCUCGAUCUAGAUUACAAAAAUAGCGAAUGGGAUGCUAGGUUCUAGUAUAGUCGUCCUUUUGGCAUAUAGUUUGUCUAUAGUGUGACGCUCUCUAAGUAUCUGCAAAUAUAUGCUGUAGCAGGCCCACACCAAGCUCAUAGCACUCCACACAGUCAUGUCUGAGGUAUGAAAAGACUGCAUCCUUUUUAAAGAGUUUGUACUGAAUACCCUAGGAAUGUUUUAUACCCGGGCGUCAACGUGGCGUAUGUUCAUGUAAGCCACAUGCACACACACACACACAGAGGCACACACAGGCACACACAGGCACACACAGGCACACACAGGCACACACAGACACACACAGACACACACAGACACACACCGACACACAGAGAGGAACACAGACACGAAGGAACUAUUGAGGACAUGUCCGUCCGAAAGAACUAGAAAGUGACGUAAUUCACUUACCACUCAGGUUUAAGGUAAUCAAGUAAAGUAAACUGCAUAGGGCUUGUUGAGCUGCGAAUCAAAGUCUGGGCAGGUCUUCGGUCCUGUACACUCCCCUCCCCAUGGGUUUAGCCAAGUCCUAAACUAAAAUGUUUUCAACGGAGAUAGAAUCAUUCUCUUACUUUAGGACUUGUCCUAAUCCAUGUCUGGGAAACUGGGCCUAAAUCGUACAUCUCACUGUUCUCUGUUAACUAUACCCGAAGAACAAUUAUGUGUUAGAUAGCCUACCAUAUAACUAUCAUCAACAAAUGAUAGGAUAUAACCACACCAAAGCUGAAAUGGUCAGUAUGCUCUUCUGCUUACAGCAUGGGAAACAAAACAGUAAGAAAUUCCAGUCAGUGUUUGUCUGUAGUCAUGCCCAUAUAAUGUAACUCAUUGUCAUUUAUGUCUGUUGAGUAUAACUGUUGUAAUUGUUCAUCACAGGUUGAAUUCCCGACUAUAUCCUCUGAUGUCAUUAUGAUGUUUAUGAAGUUUAUUUUUGUUACGCGGUGAUAUUGCCUUAGCGUUCAAACACGCACAAAGCGGUGUUUCAUGCAGCUCCAGAACUCUGUUCCAAGUGCAGAAAUAAACUAGUUUUACACAUCUGA